AUGGAGUUGGACAUUGCGGUGGAUUUUCAAGACUACUUUCCGUCGAUGAUGGAGAGAUUGGGCGCAGAAGGGUUCAUCGGAGAGCUCUGCAACGGAUUCCGGUUGUUGAUGGACUGCGAUAAGGGGCUGAUUACGUUUGAGAGCUUGAAGAAGAACAGUGUGAUCUUGGGGGUGCAUGACAUGAGAGACGAGGAGCUGGUUUGCAUGUUGAGUGAAGGAGAUUUGGACGGAAAUGGAGCUUUGAACCAAAUGGAUUUUUGUAUUCUCAUGUUUAGGCUGAGUCCUGGGUUAAUGGAUGGAACCAAACACUGG